AUGGAGGAGAAUUCGAAUUCGAAUUCGAGCAGCGAUUCGAACGAAAAGCCCGGAUUGGCGAGUAGGGUGGGUAACAAUGUGGCAUCGGCGUUUUUCGCAUCUCUGGAAAGUUGCUCUUGCGUUAACCUAACCACCGCCGAUUCCGACGACGAGGAUGAACUGGAGGAAGAAGAAGCCAAAGAGCAGGCUAUUAUGAUGGCUCAUCUUCAAUCGACAGUCUCCGAUAAAAAUGCUCCUGCCUCCGUCGAGAAUCUCCCCGUCUGA